UUACUUAAUGGGAUUUGAUUUUUAGAAAGACUAUUCACGUUAGGAAUGUGUUCUCUUGGUACAGCUAAAAAAUGGUGCUUCGAGGCUGGUUUAAUGUCCUUGAAAAUAAUCAUUUUGUCAUCCUGAUGGAAGAUUUCAGCAGGGGUAUCACCUGAGAUAAUUUUGCAAAAAAUACAAUUUGACAUCUGCAAAUUAGAUAACUUAUCAAUUAUUCAUGAUUAAAUCAAUCAAUUCCAACAUACCUCUCUAAUAUUUCUAAAAGAUUUCAACCCACAAGACGAAUUUGUAAAAAUCCUGACAGGUAAUUUAUUGGCAAUUGUUAUGACAGCUGUCAUUUUUACGUCAAUGUGACAGUUGAGGUUAGAAUUGAAAAUGUCAAGUGAUUUUUAUUUGGAAUUAUCUGAAAACCCGGUCCGUUUUGAAGCCGUCAACCAGCUCACAAAUGUCUUCUUCGACGACUCGAACAAACACGUUUUCGCGGUUCGCUCGGGCGGAGUUAUGGGAGUGGUGGUCAAAGGUCCAAUGGAAUCCGACAAACCGCUCAAUUUUCGAAUGGAAGACCACGGCCCCGUCCUGUCAAUAAAAUUCUCCCUUGAUCAGAAAAUUCUAGCAGUUCAGCGCUCGAACACAUCUGUUGAAUUCAUGAACUUUAACGGAGUUACACUCGAUUCAGAGUACUCGCAAAGUUGCAAGAAGAAUUCGAAUAUUUUGGGGUUCGUAUGGGCGCAAAACAACGAAGUUGCGUUCAUGACUGACCACGGAAUUGAACUUUACAUGAUCAUUCCUGAAAAGAAGUCACUCAAGUACCUUAAGACAACCUCUGCGACUGUCCAGUGGUUUGUCUGGUGUUCCCUGAACAAAAUUGCUCUUCUAGCGUCGGCUCAUGGAUCGCAGCUACAGCCUGUGCUUUUUAAACCAGGGUCAGUAAGCAAACUGCCUAAAGUUGAAACCGAACCCGGCCGGAUGGCUUUAGAACGAGAUGUAACUUUGUCCACGCUGUAUGACAUUCCCGCUGUUUUAAUUUUGAGACACCAGAGUGGCCCUCAAAGUGCUGAGGUCCAUGUACACACUUUAAGUGGCCCGGGACAAGCCGCUGUUAAAACACAUGUCUUAAGAUUGGGACUUUCUGGUAGAUUUGCGAUUAAUAUUGUUGACGAUUUGAUUUUGGUUCAUCAUCAGGCUUCACGAAGCUCUCAAAUAUUUGAUACGGCUUUACCCGGAGAGAGCGAUGGGAUAGUAAGAUACCACACGACAGUGGCGCCAGCGAGGUCGUUCAAGCCAGCUCAAAUAACUCUUCCCGGAUUGGUUGAACCACAAACACACCUUUGCGAACUAUAUUCACCAAACUGGGUUGUUUUCCAACCGAAUAUUGUAAUUGAUGCAAAAUUGGGGUGCUUGUGGCAUAUUAACUUGUGUUUAGCUGAACUGUGUAACUCAAUCACUGACUUAGCCACUUGCACGCAAAUGGCCUUAAAGCGGACACACGGCAAAGCAAUUUUACUCAAAUUGCUUCUUGAGGCUAUAAGACAACCUAAACCUCCUCUAGACAAGCUACAAGAAUCCUUCAACCACAUAAACAAUGUCUAUCGAGAAUGCCUGGAGGCGGAGCUACAGUCACACACUGCCUCGCCUCCAGGAGCGCCAUAUUUGAAGUCAGCGCCCCUCCCACGCGUCCAAAUCGACCAAAUGGAUAUGUACAACGAAAUUUUCCAGAAAUUGGAGGCCGAUAAGGACUUAUGCAAACUCGAAUGGACUUUGAUUAGUUACAUGACCUCGCUUUUUGAACAGGGCAUUCCAGCGCAACACAAUUUGAACGAAUUGCUGAUUACGACUCUAGUGAAGCGAAAAAAAUUCACAGCCUUGCAACAGUUGCUUCAGUAUGGAGUGGUUUCGGAUUCUAAACCUUUAGCCUGUUUGCUUUUAUCGUUGGGCAAUUUGCAUCCAGCGGCGUCUCAGUUGGCUCUGGAUAUGUUGGCAAGACUGAAUGCAACUGAAGAGAUACAAGAGAUUCUCUUGAGUGAGGGGCAAGUUUUAUCGGCACUUAAAUUGGGGCAGGAGAAUGCCAAUCCAAGGAAGUUCCUCCAAGCGGCCCAAAAUACAGGUGAUGAUGGGAUGUUUCAUAGCGUUUUGUAUUAUUUUAAAAAUACGCCGCAGUUCUCGGGGGCGUUUAGUAAAGAUGAAAGACUGAACCAAUUCGUGCAACAGUACAAUUCAACGUUUUUAGAAAAAUAAUUAUAACAUGUAUAUAUUUUAUUUGUACAAAUAAUAAAAAUAUAAAUAUCACAAAUUUA